UUAAGAACCAGCCUAGGUGUCUUGUGCAGGCUUACAACACCAUGUCAGGAUGACUGCAAUCUUAAGAGUGUCAGAGCAGCUUUUGAAAUGAAUGAUACCAUCAAGGGAGAACUCAAACGUGUUUUAGAAGCUUUUUAUCUGCAGUCUGCCACAGUAGGACCAGACUGCAGAUAAAGGAAACGCAACUGUACUUUAAAACUAAACCCCCUUUGGGGAGGAGCAUGCUGACCACGUCAUCUUUUCUCUCUAGGAAGAGGAGAAAAGGAAGGCAAAGGAAGAAGAGGAGAAGAGAGAGUAUGAAGAGUACCUGAAGCUGAAGGAGAGUUUUGUAGUUGAAGAGGAAGGGGUUGAAGAAUCAAUGACAGAGGAAGAGACUCGCAGCUUUCUGAAGGAAUUUAUCGAAUACAUUAAGAAAACAAAGGUAAUUCAGCUGGAGGAUUUAGCUUCACAUAUGGGCUUAAGAACUCAGGAUGCAAUUAACAGAAUCCAGGACCUGAUGGCAGAUGGCACUCUAACAGGUGUAAUUGAUGACAGAGGGAAGUUCAUCUAUAUUACGCCGGAGGAGAUGGCUGCCGUGGCUCAGUUUAUCAAACAGAGAGGACGAGUAUCCAUUGCAGAGCUGGUCCAAGCAAGCAAUUCCCUGAUCAACCUCCAGCCUGACAACCAAGCUGUUGCUCCAACUGUGGCAUGAAACUGUGGCGUGAGAAAAUACAGGAGUUUAACUUUUUAAUGAAUAAACCACAUAACGAAAAGCAAACAAGAACCCUUCCAGUCUCUGUGCAGUGUUUGGAGAUAGGAGGCUUUGUUUAAGCAUUAACUGCAAGAAUUGAUCAGAAGUUUUGCUUUUGGUUCUUUUAGGGCUGAUAAAAAAUUUGCACAAGAUAAGCUAGUCAAGAACAUGAGGCUUAAGCACUCUGAUGCAUUUGUACACCAGGGAUAUCAGUAAUUGGCAGCCAGUUACUUUAUCUAGGCAGGCACUCUCACGUGACUGUACCCAUACUUGUUUUCAAAUUCUAAUCUGUAUCAAAUACAUUCGGUUCAGACCCCAUUCUGAAUUUGCCAGGCUUGCUCUGCACUUGCAGAGUAUAAUGUUGUGGCAGUGAUAAAUACAGCCUGGAACAGUAGGACUUAGGGAGUAAGGCUUUUGGGUUUUGUCUUCUGCCAAGAGACGCACACACACACCUCCAGGGAAAGGCUAACUUGCUUCAUGUAUUGUGCAGGACAAUUCUACUGAUAGCAACCAGGUUGUGAUGAUUCAUCCUGUGAAGUACGAGCUGGCUCAGUGUGUCUGGGGACCCCAAACACCCCCACUUCAUGGCCUUUGUUUUUUUGAUGUAUUAAAAAAGUCUGGCAGUGUGAAUCAUGUAAUUAAAGUUGCAAGUAAAUGAUUACUAAUAUCUUAAUUCUAGGGGGUCAGUGUGUUUCCUGCAUAAGAAUAUUUAUUUUUAAUAACCUAAUUGAUGCUUGCUAAUUCUCUUUUCUGAAUUCAACUGAAUCUGUGUAUCCACACAAUAAUUGGGGAGGACAAGGGGUUGGUUUUGUCUGCGCCAAAGUUAGAGGUAAAUUGAGUAGGCUGAAAGCUGUGUUAUCAGUGAGAUGAGAUAGCAAUGAAACAAUGGAAGGAAGCAUAUUUCCUGUCUAAUCUCUGCACUGCUGCUCAGUGUUUUGCUAUGCAAGAGUGCUGGGUUACAGCACAGCGCCAUGCAUUGGUAUGAAAGAUCAGCAAUUCAUUAUUACUGGGUUGCACCAUGUAGCUCAACGAGGUUACUUGAUGGGAGGCUUCUAAAGUCUCUUAAUUACUCAAAAUUUGGUUUUGCCACGAUGUUUUUUGUACUGUCCUAAACUAUUUUUGCAGUAAAAUAAAUUCUGUUGAAAGAA